AUGUCACAAACGCCUGAUCACUGGUCUUCCGAGGCCUACCAGAAAUCCGCCUCGUUUGUGCCGAAAUUGGCGACCAAGAUUGUCCAAUGGUUGGACCCUCAACCUGACGAUGUAAUCUUGGAUAUUGGUUGCGGCGAUGGUAUUGUCGACUUUCAGAUCGCCGACGUUCUGUCCAAGGGUAGUGGUAGGAUUCACGGCACGGAUUCCUCGCCCUCCAUGAUCGAGUCGUCCAAGAAGGCGGCAGCCGAAGCGCAGAAUGAUCGAUGCAGUUUCGAGGUCAUCGACGCACUCGAGAUAGUCAAUACCCCCUCGCUGCAGCAGUCGUCCUACAGCAAGGUCUUUUCCAACGCCGCCAUGCACUGGAUCCUGCGCUGCUCGCGCGAGAAGCAAGAGACCUUUUUCCGCGGCGCGCGCGAGUCGCUCAAGCCCGGCGGCACCUUUGCCUUUGAAAUGGGCGGCCGGGGCAACGUCGCGGAGAUGCGCGCCGGCCUGCUCAUGGGCGUGGCCCGCCGCGUCGGGCUGGAGCGGGCCCUGGCCGCCGACCCGUGGUUCUUCCCCGACGAGAGCUGGGUCGUGCAGAUCAUGGAGGAGGCUGUUGGCGGGUGGAAGGUGGAAAGGGUCGAGCUCGAGUCUAGACCGACGCCUGCCGAUGCCGGCGGCGUCGAUGGUUGGAUCAGGUUGAUGGGCAAGCAGUUCUUUGAUGCCAUCAAUGAUGCCCAGGAGCGAGAGGAGUGUGUCAAGGAGGUGGUCGAGGUCUUGGAACAUGUGUGCCGAAACCCUUCCGGCGGGUUUAAUUUUGGUUACUUUAGGCUGCGGGUUCUUGCGAGAAAAGUAUAA